AUGGAUACGCGGAGCUUAACUUUGAGAAAGAAACGCAAAGACCGCCCGACCAUAAGCGCGCCUCAGAAUGCGUCGGGCCCAGGCAUCACCCAACCAGCAGCUCGGCAAAAUAAGUCUGGCAACAAUCUCACAGUCCCUCGAGAACGAAAUGGCCCUACCGAGACGUCCGAUCUUGUCAAACGACGCUAUUCGACACGUUAUAACCAACUCCCUGACUUCAGCAAUAUUGGUGCUCCUCCUGUUCCCAGUAUCCCGGGAACGCUAAAGCGACGCUCUCAAGGUGGUUCGCCGCGCCGACCAGGAACUGCCUCCUCUGCACGACCACUUCUCGUCGACAAUGAUAUCCUCAAAGACCCAAACCUCCAGCACGAACGUUAUGUGGCCGAUCUGCUGUCUAAUGCCUCGGAACAAGACAUCCAAGAAUAUCAGACGAAUUUACAGCGGCUGAAGAAUCGCAACUCUGCAGACCUACAGCACAGUGUCUACCAGAACAGGACUCAAUUCAUCAAGAUCAGCAAAGAGGCAGAGAAACUCAAGACCGAAAUGGCAAUUCUACAAGGCCUCAUGUCAGAGCUGACGGGCACGCUUAGGCAGGGUACCUCGGGUGGCGCUAACAAUGUGCAGUCACCUGAAUUGAAUGGUCCCUCCCAAUCUAGGCGUAAAGCGAACCGAACCUCGGUUGCCAAUCUCGAACAGAUGUGGAAUAUCCAGUUACAAGCACUGUGGAAAAAUGUCGAGAAAUCCCAAAAAUUUCUUCCUGCCGCUCCUGGCCGCCACAUUGUGGCGGAAACCGGCAAUUGGAUCGAACUCGACAGCGCGACCUGGAAACCCACACGUCCUGUCCACAUUGUACUUUUGAACGAUCACCUUUUGGUUGCGUCUAAGAAGCGCAAGCGAGUUGAUCCAAAUGUACCUCAGCAAGGCCCUGCUCUGACCAAGUUGGUGGCAGAAGAGUGUUGGCCGCUGCAAGACAUUGAGAUCGUUGACAUGGCGGCGAAUUUGGCAACUGGGACUGCUACACCAGCUGAGGAGAAAGCCAUCUCGUCCGCAUUGACGAUCAGAUCCGGGGGUCGGUCCCUCACCUAUAGGCACGAGAAACGGGAUGAAAAGGCCAAAAAUGGUCUUUUGAUGGCGUUGAGGAAGGCAACAGAGGAUGUUCGAAAGGCGACCAAGACUCAGGAAGAGCAAAAUAAGCCCCAGACUGAAAGCCUGAACUACUUUGCAUCUCGCGAUCCGGCGUCCGCGAAGAAUACCGAGAUUAUUGAAAGUAUCAAUUCUGCAAAGGAGAAGCCCGAUAUCUUGAUCGAAGUUGAUGGGAAGCAACAGAACUUUAGAUGGGUUGAAGGUCAAAUCGACGAUCUCGACAUUGAGAUCUCCCUGCAACGAUUCGAAGAGGCCGUAGACAAAGUCGAGAAACUCCGAAAGAUUGCGAAAGGCCUUAAGAGCAACUCGAUCGCGCAGGAGCUCAUCGCCGUCAAGGUUGAUGAACGUGCCGGCAAACUCGCAGCAGUCCUCUGCCGAGAACUUGUGGAAACGCCCGCUUUCAUGGAAGCUACCAAGAGGACAACAAACUAUCUCAUCCGACUUGGCUUCGAGGACCGAGCGCGCGAAAUCUAUCUGAAUGCUCGCAGCGAGACAUUGGCCAAGCGCGCACGGCAGUGCGUGUUCGAGGGCGAUCUACACCGAUAUGUCUUCUCCAUCUCCUACGUCUACUUUACCGUUGUCAAGAACACCGUGCUUAUUUAUCAAGCUUCCUUCCCGCCCACGAUGAUCAGUGCGUGUAUCAAGUGGGCGAACGAUCACUUGGAGACGUUCAACACACUUCUUGUACGACAGUUGAGUGCGAUAGAGAAGGAGGGCAAGCUAUGGAGGGAAUGCAUGGAUGUUGUCUGGGGUCAUGAGAGAGAAAUGCUCAGCGAGGUAGGACUGGACUUCAGAGAAGUCAUUGGGAGAGGACUCGGGGUCAGAGAUCUCCCCAGCGUCAAACCAGGGAACACUUCCGGAAGGAGUAGGGAGCAGAGCAGAUCCAAGUCGCGUGCUAGGGGCACUGCUUGA